AUGGCAGACCUCGAAGAAAAUCCCUUUGCAGACGCCACUCCCAUAAAACCCUCAUAUCCCUCCGACGACUUAUCUUCUAAUGAAAGCGAAGGCUUAUCACAAAUUGACCAAGUGCAACCGUCCGCUAAUGCAUUCGACACCCAACAACGCGAGAAGACACAUUUCUGUUGCGAGAUUGAUAGGAUAUUACAUGCAGGGGAUUUUCACAUCGCAGUUAGUAACGCACAGAAGACCAGUGACGGGGGUGGAAGCUCCUACAUUACGUAUUCAAUAAGACUUGUCGAAUACGAAGUUCGUCGUAGAUAUUCUGAAUUCGAAUCACUACGCAGAGGUUUAUCCAAAUUAUAUCCAACAGUCAUAAUUCCGCCAAUACCGGAAAAACAUUCUAUCGCUGACUACGCGACCUUGCCAAGUAAAGCAAAAGAAGAUUUAAUCAUAGAGAAGCGCAAGCGCAUGUUACAGACCUUUCUCAAUCGCGUUGCUACUCAUCAACUACUAAAGAACGAACAUGUGUUUCAUAAAUUUUUGGAAACGGGCAUAUCAUGGAAUGAAGUAUUACACGCCCCGCCUCUUUCCAAUCUUCCUAAAAAUAUUCUCCAAAUAUCUCCUGCUAAUCUUCCGUCCACAAACCCAAAUGCGUUGUCGUCUCAGCAACAAAUAUCACAACAGCCGCCUCUGCCAAACCCUAGUGCAUCGCAGCAGUUGAAGAAUCCUGAUACGAGAUUCAUUGAAUCCGAAAUGUUUACGAACAAGUUUGCAAAUCAUCUAAGCCAAAACAUGGAAAAGACAAACAGGAGAAUUCUGAAGAGAUUGGGAGAUCUAUCGAAUGACUAUGCUGAACUCGGUGCCACUUAUAAUACGUUCAGCUUGGAUGAAUCGGAAGAUCUUGCAACGGCGAUAGAGAAGAUUGGGCAAGCUGUCGACUCUUGUUUUGUGGCUACGGGAAAUUUGAUCACCUCUGUUGAAACAGAUUUCUCAGAACCACUUCAGGAAUAUUCUCAGUUUGCUCAAAUAAUCAAACAAGUACUCAAAUAUCGUCACAUGAAACAUCUUCAGAUGGAACUGACUACCGAAAGUCUGGAAAAACAAAAAACAGCUUUGGAAAAUCUUGAACGCUCCGAACAAGAAGCCAAGCGUCUUGAAGCUGCUUUGAAGAACCAUGGUGGAACCGAAGAUUUAAAUAGACCUCGGAGACUAAGUGCAGGCGAUGCUGGACAGAGUAGAGACUCGGACGAUAGCGAAAACAGAGGUGAAUUUGAACGGGAGCAUAAUGGAAUUAAUAGUGGGGGCGGCAAACAGCUUAAGAAACGAAGAAGUACCCUGUUUUCUGUAUUGAGCCAUACUCUGCAUGGAAUCAUGGAUGUUGACCCCGAAGCUUCACGGAGAAGCAGUCUGGGAAAAACUCGGGAAUCUAUUAUUCAGCUUGAAGAGGCGCUUGUGACAACGACAAAAGAUCUUAAAAUUAUAUCUUCUGCAAUUCAAGCCGACCUGGAUAGAUUUCAACGACAGAAAAUUCAUGAUAUGCGCGAGAUGUUGCUUGCAUAUGCCAAGCAUCAUGUGAAAUGGUGCGAUACGAACUUGGCCAGUUGGCAGGAAGCGAAAAGUGAAAUUGAAAAGAUUAAAUAA